AGCUCUCCAAAGCCCACUGCCAGUUCUCUUCGUGGACUCACUGCAACGGAGAGACUAAAGAUGAUUCCUGUCUUGCCCACAUUUUCUCUGCUCUUGCUGGUUGUUGUUAACCCUGCAAAGGCCAAUGGCCAUUAUGACAAGAUCCUGGCUCACAGCCGGAUCAGGGGCCGGGAUCAGGGCCCGAACGUCUGUGCCCUUCAACAGAUUUUGGGCACCAAAAAGAAAUACUUCAGCACUUGUAGGAACUGGUAUCAGGGUGCCAUCUGUGGAAAGAAAACGACUGUGUUAUACGAAUGUUGCCCUGGUUACAUGAGAAUGGAAGGAAUGAAAGGCUGCCCAGCAGUUUUGCCUAUUGACCAUGUUUACGGCACCCUGGGCAUUGUGGGAGCCACAGUGACACAGCGCUACUCUGACAUCUCAAAACUGAGAGAGGAGAUCGAGGGAAAGGGGUCAUUCACUUACUUCGCACCGAGUAACGAGGCGUGGGACAACCUGGAUUCUGAUAUCCGAAGAGGUCUGGAGAGCAAUGUUAAUGUUGAAUUACUGAAUGCUUUACACAGCCACAUGGUGAAUAAGAGAAUGUUGACCAAGGACUUAAAAAAUGGCAUGAUUAUCCCCUCGAUGUAUAAUAAUUUGGGGCUUUUCAUUAACCAUUAUCCAAAUGGGGUGGUCACUGUGAACUGUGCUCGAGUCAUCCAUGGGAACCAGAUCGCAACCAAUGGUGUUGUGCAUGUCAUUGACCGUGUCCUGACACAAAUUGGUACCUCAAUUCAAGACUUCAUCGAAGCAGAAGAUGAACUUUCAUCUUUUAGGGCGGCUGCCAUCACUUCUGAUAUACUGGAGACACUUGGAAGAGACGGUCACUUCACACUCUUUGCUCCCACCAAUGAAGCCUUUGAGAAGCUUCCACGAGGUGUCUUAGAAAGGAUCAUGGGAGACAAAAUAGCUUCUGAAGCUCUCAUGAAGUACCACAUCUUAAACACCCUCCAGUGCUCAGAGGCCAUUAUGGGAGGCGCGGUCUUUGAGACUCUAGAAGGAAACACGAUCGAGAUUGGAUGUGAUGGUGACAGUAUCACAGUCAAUGGAAUCAAGAUGGUGAACAAAAAAGAUAUCGUGACAAAUAAUGGUGUCAUCCAUUUGAUUGACAAGGUCCUAAUUCCUGAUUCUGCCAAACAAGUUAUUGAGCUGGCUGGAAAUCAGCAAACCACUUUCACAGACCUUGUGGCCCAGUUAGGCUUGGCAUCUUCCCUGAGACCAGAUGGAGAAUACACUUUGCUGGCACCUGUGAAUAAUGCAUUUUCUGACGAUACUCUGAGCAUGGAUCAACGCCUUCUCAAAUUAAUUCUGCAGAAUCACAUACUGAAAGUAAAGGUUGGCCUUGGUGAGCUCUACAACGGACAAAAACUUGAGACCAUUGGAGGCAAACAGCUCAGGGUCUUUGUAUAUCGCACGGCUGUCUGUGUUGAAAAUUCAUGCAUGGUGAGAGGAAGCAAGCAAGGAAGAAAUGGUGCCAUUCAUAUAUUCCAAGAGAUCAUCAAACCAGCAGAGAAAUCCCUCCAUGAAAAAUUAAAACAAGAUAAGCGCUUUAGCAUCUUCCUCAACCUGCUGGAAGCUGCAGACUUGAAAGAGCUCCUGACGCGACCCGGGGACUGGACUUUAUUUGUCCCAACCAAUGAUGCCUUUAAGGGAAUGACUAAUGAAGAAAGAGAAAUUCUGAUUGGAGACAAAAAUGCUCUUCAAAACAUUAUCCUUUACCACCUGACACCAGGAGUUUUCAUCGGAAAGGGAUUCGAACCUGGUGUUACUAACAUUUUAAAGACCACACAAGGGAGUAAAAUCUACCUGAAAGGAGUAAACGACACACUUCUGGUGAAUGAACUGAAAUCAAAAGAAUCUGACAUCAUGACGACGAAUGGCGUCAUUCAUGUCGUAGAUAAACUCCUCUACCCAGCAGACACACCUGUUGGAAAUGAUCAGCUGCUGGAAAUACUUAAUAAACUGAUCAAACACAUUCAAAUUAAGUUUGUUCGUGGUAGCACCUUCAAAGAAAUCCCCAUGACUGUCUACACAACUAAAAUUAUAACCAAAGUUGUGGAACCAAAAAUUAAAGUGAUUGAAGGCAGUCUUCAACCUAUUAUCAAAACCGAAGGACCCACAAUAACAAAGGUCAAAAUUGAAGGUGAACCUGAAUUCAGACUGACUAAAGAAGGUGUAACUGAAGUGAUCCGUGGAGAACCAAUUGUUAAAAAAUACACUAAGAUCAUUGAUGGAGUGCCUGUGGAAAUAACUGAAAAGCAGACAAGGGAAGAACGGAUCAUUACAGGUCCUGAAAUAAAAUACACGAGGAUUUCUGCCGGUGGAGGAGAAACAGAAGAAACUCUGAAGAAAUUGUUGCAAGAAGAGGUCACCAAGGUCACCAAAUUCAUUGAAGGUGGUGAUGGGCAUUUAUUCGAAGAUGAAGAAAUUAAAAGACUGCUUCAGGGAGACACACCUGUGAAGAAGGUACAAGCCAGCAGAAAAGUCCAAGGAUCUAGAAGACGAUCAAGGGAAGGUCGUUCACAGUGAAAAUCCAGAAACCCCUCAACAAAAUUUUUACAAUCCUAAAUUGAUAACCUGAGCUUAAACGAAAACGAUGAGAGAAACUGACUUCAGGAAAUGAACCAUCAGCACAAAAACAAUCAUUGAAUGACUCUGAAUGCAAAUGUAACCUUUUCUUUUCUGAAUGAGGAACAUGAAGGAACUGUGGGGUCAGCCUCCUGCGGGUUAGGGACUGAGGGAAAUAGAACAGCUUCCGUUCCAUUUUGAGAUUAAAAGUUCUGGCUAACUUUGGGAUCCAUCAGAGAAAAUCCUUGUCACCGGAUUCAUUACAGUUCAAUACAAAUCUCAGAGCGAGAGCUCUCAUCCCAGUGAGAAGAUUGAGCCUUGAACUUAUGUAAGGGAUACAUAAAAUGCGUGCAAGCAAUACCUCUCCACAGGGAGCUAAGUGAUCAGAAUUGGUGCUCGGUAUUAAAAAAACAAAACUUUUAUUUCACAGGGCUUUGCACAUUUCUAAUACAAUGUGGGUUUACCAGUGAAUUAGAUUAUUUCUACAACUUAUUUUGUACUCUUGAAAUGUUUGUCAUUUACUUCUUGCAAUACAUGUUUUUGAUCUCAAACAUUUCAAUAAAACCAUUUUUCAGUUGUGAAGAGAAUUACUUCAAAACUAGGUAAUUUCGAAAACUCAAGGUUUAAGUUAAUAAGUGGUUUGCACUUGGAAACAAGACUUUUUACCUCUUUUUUUAAUAACAAAUACUCAUUAAAGGAAAUUGAACGAA